GCCGAUCGCGGCCGGUCCUGGUUCUGGAUAGCCUCGAAAGCCCGAGUUCGGUCCGACGCAAGCGGCGCGUUCCGGUACCAGGGUCUCCCGAGUUCCGCGAUCGCUUCUCCGCGCUGGCCCCUUUGGUGAGUCACGCCAGUCAGUACCUGUCCGACCGUGGUGGCGCGCGCAUCUCGACCGGUGGCACGCAUCGCGGAGCGCGAGCUCGCGACGUCCUCGCGACAUCCUCGCGGCUUCUGCCGCAGCAGCGGUCGGCGAACCAAGGGCACCGAACCUACCGAAAAGAAAAGAGGAAGAAGGGACAGAGAUCACCGGCGCGUCCGCAUACGUACUUUCUACGAGAAAUCGACGCCCGCCUCGUCGCUCAUCGCGGCGAUUAACGGGGAAGAAGGAAUCGUAGGGGCCCUGGAAGUCCCCGGGAGAAUUGGUGGAUCGUUACGUCGACCGGUGGCCCUGGAAAAUCGCGGUGAAGAUUUAAUCGCGAAAGGGAGGAUCGAUACGCGGUGCUCCUAGCAACCGUGCCACCCGGCCCCGGACAUUGGAUACGGAAAGUCUUCGAAAAGCAAACCGGUGGACCGGAUAUUACCGAUAGAAAUCGCGAGGUGGGCGGGGAGGGGGGGUCGUGGGAUCGUUAGGCGGACUCGAAGUGACCGGGUGCCGCGCGAGCGGUAUAGCGGCGGUGCUUAUGGCGUAAAACGGGGAAGAUCGUUGGGUGCGAUGUCGAUGCGCGGAAGUGCGCGAUCCGGCGACAGGAGCGAGUGUCGGGACGAGGUCGAUCGGUGCCCCUGUGACGCGACGCGGUGUUCGGCGCGACGUAGCGUCUUCCGGAGCCGAAGCGGGUACUCUUAUCGGCCGCUGAUUGGCCGGUGAGGUUUAGUAACCUGCGCGUGGACGCUGCGCGGUGAGCGAGUGUUUACCUCGUGUCCACGAUAGGCCAGGGUAGCGGCGCGGCGUUGGGUCGAUCCCAGCGGUCGAUCGUCGACUGCCCGUAACUUUAACGAGAUGCGAUAAAAUGAGCAUCGAGGUUAAGGUUACGCGGGCGCGAGCGUUAUCGUUGCGAUCCUGGGAGGACGCGGGCGUAGCACCCGCUGGACCGACGCCGUUUCGGGCCGCCCACUGCACCCGCGUAUCGGUACCGGCCUAGUGGCGGUGUCGAGCCAGUACUCCCCGAAGAUGCUACCCAGGAAGGACGGCCAACUGGAGCCGUACGCCCUCGAAGACAUGAUCUCGGACCUGCAAGCCCGGACGCACUCCCUCGACCACGAGGACGUCGUGGCCGACCCGCUGGAGCUCCUCAAGCAGCGCGAGCGCGACCUAGUGCUCGCCGCCGAACUCGGGAAGGCCCUGCUCGAGAGGAACCAGGAACUCACCAGGCAGAGCGAUGCCUUCGCGGAGGAAUACGCCGCCAAACUGGAGAGUUUGCACCAGGAAAGGCAUCUCCUCCGCAGAAGAUUGGAGGAAGCGAGAGAAGAGAGCGAAGCAAGAGCAUUGGAGCUUCAGGCUGACGUCGAAGCUCUUCGAGCCCAACUUGAAGAACAAGCUGAGCGAGCCAGAAGAGCGGAAGGAGAUCAGACAGCCUUGGUGGCCGAAUUAACGGCUCAGAACACACGAUUAGCCGAUCAGCUGAGAGAAGCGGCCAAACAGGAAGAACAACUUCUUAUGGAAGUUAAAGUCCUCAGAGAGAAGUGUGCCCUGAGAAACACUACUCUUCAGGACCAUGUCAGUAGCUUGGAGGUCUUAAGAGACGAGUUGCAGGUGCAGUUGGUCUCUGCCCAGAGGACGGAGCUGGAGAGAAGAUCCUUGGAGUUGCGCGAAGAGAGAGCCAGGGCCGUGGCCGCCCUGGAGGAGGCCGAGGAGAGGGCCGCGGCCUUGGAGCGAUUGGGUCACGAAGCGGAACACCGAGCGAGAGUGGCCGAACACGAGAGGGAUGAGCUGGCUGCUGCUUUGGCGGCGAUCGAGGCCGAGAGGAGAGGAAGAUCGGGCUCGAUAGCGAAGCCUCCCCGUUCUUUGCAAGCGGAAAUGGAGUGCGAGGAGAGCGGAAGUUCCCUCGGGGAGCAGGAAGACCUUCGGGCGGAAGUGACAAGGGCGAGUAAGCGUCUAAGAGAGCUUUGCUCCCAGCUGCGAAGGGGCGAGGACGAUUCCGGACUGCAGAGCGACUGCGACGAAUCCAUGCUCGUCAUACUCAACGGGGCUGACAGUGAGAUAAAUUACCCUGGUGCCUUAACAGAGCUCGUAGAGGAAGUGUUCAGGCUAGCUCUCUCCGGAAGAGGUGCGCCUGGAGAGUUGGGUCUUGCCGUCGAACUUCACAGAGUACGGGAAGAGUUGGAUCACACAAAGGAUCAAUUAAAGCAAACCCAGGAGGAGUUGAAGCGGAGAGGAGAAGCUCUCUUGGACACGACGAGCAAACUGAGCGUUUGCGAAGCCGAGCUGCGUGGCGUUAGAGAGGAGAGAGACCGAGCCAGAGGAGACAUCGAGCACUCCGAACUCGCUAAGGACGAGGUUCUUGCUCAAGCUUACAAGGUUAGGGAUCAAGCCGUAGCUAGGAAGAAUCGAGCCGAAGUGGAACUUGCCAGAACGAGAAUAGACGUCCUUCAGGCAAAUAGCCAACUUAUGGAAGCCAUCCAGCAGAAGAUCGAAUUGAGUCAACAGUUGGAGCAAUGGCAAAUGGACAUGCAAGCGCUGCUGGAUGAACAAGUCCGGAGUAAACUGACACCUUCUAAUAUCACUUUAGCUGCCUUGAACACCGAUGGGUCGGAAAUUGUGGUACCAGCUAGGAAAAAGCGCAGUACAGGGUCCUCGAAGAAAAUUUUCGGACUGUUUUGAAGAGGUCUACGAUUCGAAGACUUAUUGUUGUGAAAACAUUGCGUGGUCAAAUUAAUCUUAUUUUUCUUUGUUUUCAUUUAACGUGCGACCUGAAAAUAGUAUCGGUUACGUCCGAAAACAGCUGCUGCUAGAUAGUCGUUGUACCGCAUAGGAAAAGAACGAGGGUGGGAUCCUUAAAGAAGAUUUGUACAAUGUUUGAAGAAGAUUCUGCUCUUCGAGUUUAAGAUUUAAAACUUCUUUAAGGAACCUUCGAGCGGUGCAUACGUUUAUUGCUAUUGAAGGAUCGCCUUGGCAAUAAUACCUCGACAUUCGGAUAAAGAACCAUGGUACUAAUUAGACUAAAGCGAGGAACGGGGACCCGGAAGAUCAUUACUUUGUUUCAAAAUGUUUUUAAGUUUUACAGGAAAACAGUUAAUCGUCAGAGAAAUGUUGCGCAAUCCAAUGGUUUAUCCCUCUGUAAGAAUUUAAUUAGUUUUAUGAUGACAGAGAAGAUAUGAGAAUCGGGCAGAGAGGAAGCUUUGGAUUACAAAUUGUGGCAUGAAUAAAAAAUGUUAUCCGAAUUUAAAUGUCUCGGAAAGAACUUCGUAUUAUUUUGAAAAGAAUGUCCUCGAGUUUAAAGAGAACGUAUUUUGCUUACUUUAAAGUCAAUUAAUAGAUUUAAUUACGUUAUCAUGAAUUCCGCAUGUCCAGGUCUACAGAAAAAAUAUGUAUCGGAUUUAUAGUUUGAAAAAUAACGUAUGAACGCGAUAUUUAGAGUGAUGCAUCCGUUGACAAAUUUUGGGAUGAAUUUAAUGAUAACAAUUAAAACCAAGAAGUACAUAAUAAUUACGGAUAUUAUGUGAUUUACGACUUUCAUUCUUUUUUAGAGUGAAAAUACUUCGAAUUUGUCUGGUUGCAAGUCACAUAAAUUCGAUAUUAUAUAUUAAUUACUAAAUCAGCUCUAAGACUAACAAUUUGUUUUUUGUAUAAUUAAAUUAAAUUUCAGUUGACAAGUCGAUGUGAUCAUGGAAUCGAGAAACGCAAAAAUAUUAGAUUUUACAAAAGUUAGAUUGCUUUGAAGGUAUUACGUUUUUUUGAAGUUGUAUUUCCAAAGGUCCCCGUUAACAAACCAGCAAGGAAUCAGAUUGCCGUACCGAAUAUGAUACGAUGAAAUUCUUAUUUUAGAAUAACCAUGACCAAAUCGUGCUGGAAUUGGUUAACAUAUGUACUUAGUUUUCUUCGAUGCAGUGGUUGUUAAGAUUCAUGUGACAGACCACGGCACAAUGUAGAUAGCACAAAUAUUUAGAAGAAUUAAUUUUAACUUUGUGCUCCUAAAUAAACCUCUCCGUAUUUAGUCUAGUGGCACAUCAAUACCCGUCUGUUUAAUGUUCCAAUAUUUGCAUCAGAUUUCCGACGCACCUAAAAAAUCUGGUAACAAUGUUGCGACGUAAUAGAGUGGGGGGAUUGUGAUCCAGUUAAUGCAUUUCUACAGAAACUGAGAAUCGAUUAACGAGUCCGUUCCUUGAAAUAGUGCAAAUGUGCACGUGUAUACAUACAUUAUGCAGAGACUAUUUGGAAUUCUCCUUUCCGUAGGAUGUUUAUAGCAUCAUCGUAAUUGGCGCAACAAAAGUUGUUAAAACUUUCGCGACUUUUUGUAAAUAUAGAAUCUUAUAGAAGUGUGCGAAAUGAUUGAAAUAACCUGCCUUAUCAUGUCAAUAAUGAAAAGAGAAAUCAACUUUGAUGGAAGUGGCUCUCCGUCCUUCUUUCCGUCCGUAGCUUAUCGUCUGGAAGGACGAAUAGCCGAAUCAUUAUUUCUAGGAAGUCUUUCGCCCUUUUGCGAAGUUGUACAAUAAUUCUGGGGAAUUUUUAGUUCGAACCAUUUCCAUUGUAAGUGCCCUUCGAUUUCACUUUUUGUAAAUGUGUAAGGCAAGAAUCGAUCGCGGUGAAUCACUUAGUACUUAUCGUGAUUAGCGGCGCAAAGUGCGUUCAUAUUAUACCAUAUGAAAUUCCCAAUUGAAUUGUUGCAACCGAUAUUUAUUUAAUAAAACACAUUGUACAAAUGGA